AUGGAAGGGGAGAUUAGAGAGGCAGAAGAGGAGAUGGAGAGCGGGACGGAAGAGGAGGAAGAAUCCCAGGGGUCGACCUUGACGAUGGAGAAAGUGGCGGCAGCCAAGCAGUUCAUUGAGAACCACUACAAAAACCAGAGGAAGAUCCACCAGGAGCGCAUGGAAAGGUUAGGAACGAAACCUGACCAAUUCAUAUAUUUCGGGUCCUACGGUCGCUGCGGAUCACUCUCUGGCAUCCGAUCUUCACUGGCAGAUCCCCAGGAAUUUGGAAUCCCGCCGUGGUGACACUGUCGCUAAGGCUUGGAAUCCCCAACUGCGUAUCCUGUUAAAGACUUUGAGAUUGUUGAUCGGGCUUGUAUUGUGCUUGUUAAUUAUGAACUGAUUAACCAGUAGUGUCGUAAUGGCAUCGAUAGAGCGUCUUAGGGUGUGUUUUCCUGAUAUUGGUGGAUAAACACCUCGCAUGCGACGUUCAUCUGGCAUACCAAUCUUCAAGAUGUGUAAUUAUCUCGUUAUAAUUUAAAUAUAAUUAUACAGUCCCGUUGUCUCACUGGAGUGUGGUUUCUGAAGUUCAGAUGCAAUCCUGGGAACCUGUUGCAUUGGUUUUAUCCCGGUGCGACAAUUUGAUUUUGGAUUUUGGUUAUAGACAUGUUUUCUCCUAUUAGAAUCUGCUGAGGUAAAGAAUUUUGCAGGACAGUAAGAAGGCUAAGCAUUGCUCAUGAUUUUGUCAGCUUGAUUAUCCCACAGAUAUACAUUCCCUAGUCUGUUUUAGGCAUUCGAGCUCGAAAAUAUUUCGCAGGAUAGCCAAGAAGGAAGUCUUGGCUGUGACCACUUUUUUGAAAACUAUUAACAGAAGGUAUUAGCUUGACUCAUAUGAGUUGGUUCUCUCUCUUACAUUUUCUAUAGGGAUUUUUACUAUCUCUCUAGACUAGUCACAAUUUUGUUCAUGGACUGGACGCUAAAGGUGCAGAGGACUUGAUGUUAGGUUGGCAUAACCGGUAGCAUGAAUGUAUGAUCCUUCAUGCUACAUCGUGAGGCAUUUGGUGUGGGAGAAGUGUUGAUUUUUCAGCCAUGAGCAACACUAGUUCAUGAAAAAAGAAAAUCUUAUCUGUUAGGAUAGAAGUUGUAGAUCUUGAUGGUCUUGUUUAGCAUUUUAGUUUGCGUUUCCCACAAAAAUCAGAAUCUUCUGCUGGAAAUUCUUCACCAAAAGAUUCGCCUUCUGUGAUGAAUUUCGAAAAUUCCUACCAAAUAGCGAAAAAAAAGUAACGAAGAAUAUAGAGAUUAUAUGUCUGGUUUGUGAUACAGUGAAGAUAGUGUGGAAGAUGAGUAAAGGAAAUAAAGAGUCUGUUCUUGCAUAUGUUCUCACAUUAGCAGGAUAUUCAGUGGUGGAAAUCCCUGCUACAGUUGGUUUUGUGGACAAUUUACAUAGAAAGGAAGAACAAAGUUGUUAGACUAGAGUUCAAAGCGGGACAAAAGAGUACUCUAGCAAGAACACGAAGACUUAAGUAAGUCUUCAUGUUAUAUAAAAUGUUUGGACUGAUGGGAUAAAGGAAUGGAGCUUGAUGAAUCUACCUAACCUAUAAUAUUGGCAAAGAUUAAGUGGAGGACGAAUAUUUCGUUCUCACCCCCUUUUUCUUCUUGUUUUUCAUACAAUUAGAUGCGUAGAGAAGGAGGCUGUGAACAUAUUUUCUGAGCUUGUAAUUGCUGUUUUUACCUGUGUAGUGUAGUCCUUUGGUUUAUAGUAAACAAGAAUAACUGUUCAGACAAAUACCAUUUCUUUCCCAUAUUUUUCCUGGGUGCCUUUCAGAGAUAUUUCCCUGCAUUUUUCUCUCAUCAUUCUCCAACUAUAUGCUUUCUCGACUCCUUUACAAUAUUCUGUGCUUGGUAUCUUUCCGUACUUUUUUAUCAUUUUUUCCUCCGAAAUCGUGUGCAGCUGGAUCUUUUACUCCGAUUUUCAUCCGUAUUUUCUUGAUGGAGGCACAAGAUCUUCUACAACUCAGCAUAAACGCUGCUUUUGAAAAGUUUGUAUGCAUAUUUCUAUGAGCUUCAUCGUGCUUAACUUCAGCCCCGUCCUUGAUACUGUUAAUAUGACUCGAUGAUUACAUUCUCUUUUACAGAAUCUAUCACUGUCAUCGUUGGCCUAAAAUACCAUUUAUCUCACCAUACAUACUAUUAUUUGCAGAUAUCGUAUGCCUGUCGAUUAGGGCUGAGGAUUGUAGAAUACAUUGUUUUAUCUUUAUAUUUUUGAUCUAUUCCAUUAUUGUAUUCCCUUCGGGCAUUCCUCCCAAUAUAUUAUCAGCAAUGGCUGUGGGUUGCAAGUGCUUAUUCAGCUUAUAAAUAAUGCCAUUUGAUAUUUCGGCUACCUCUGCGUUUAUUUUUGUAUGCAUGUUUGGAUGCAUUUCGUUUUAAUAACGUUGAUAGUGACCCUGGCCAUGGGAUUUUAUUUUCUUGCAGACGCUGGGUUUUACAGCGGAAGUUAGCAUCUUCUGACGUUCCUGUUGAAGAACAGGUCAAUCUAAUAAAGGAUUUAGAACGUAAGGAGACAGAAUUUAUGCGACUUAAAAGACAUAAAAUCUGUGUGGAUGAUUUUGAGCUUUUAACUAUCAUUGGUAGAGGGGCCUCUGGAGAGGUUAGCAUCUGCACUGCUAUUCUUUUUAAAUCAAAACUGCUUUUGGAAGUUAUUUUUUGAAAUUUUCUCUCCUGUUUUUUGGCCUUUGGGAUAGUGCUCAUUGAGAUUCCAUUCUCUAUUAUUUCAAUGUCUGUACUGCAGGUCAGGUUAUGCCGAGAGAAAUCCACUGGUAAUAUAUAUGCGAUGAAGAAGUUGAAGAAGUUUGAAAUGCUUUGCAGGGGUCAGGUGAUAAGCUAUAUUUUUUUUCCUUGUUCUCGUCUUACUUUUUCACUUCACUGAACAGAGAGGGCGAGAAGUAUCUGAAAUUUUGAAUGUCAAUGGCAACAUGGCAUCUAUCUGGUGAAAAAUAGAUGCUGCCAAGCUUUCACCAGCCAGUUAUUAUUGGAUUUUCGUUUUCUUCUCCAUUUUUCAUCAUCUUUGACUGUGCUGAUCACAAGUUAUUGUAGUAUUCUGAAAUGACUUUGACCAAUUUGAUAUUCCAUGCCAUUUAGCUACCAGAUUUAAACACACAGAAUGAUCUUGUAGUGGUCGUCCUCUAUUAUAACAUAGUAUGCUCUGCUUAUCUCUCUUUGCUUUUCUACUAAAAUUAUCACUCAUAUCUUUUGCCUUGAUCAUGCAAAUAAGGCGUCAAGAGUAGUCCCGUCGAUUUUGAGACUGAUGGUUCAAUAACUUUAAUAUAGUACUGAACUGGACUGCCGUUCUAAGGCUGUAUGCACAUUUUUUAUGUUGCCCUUCUUACAAAGUUUAAAAGUUAGCUUGCAUACAACAGUGAUUAUCAAGAAUAAUCAUAUAUUGGUUACUAAAAGUAGACGCAUUAUUAUAAUGAUAAUCUUACCUUACUCAUUUCCGGUUGGUUUUGAGUUGAAUGACCAAAUAACUUUCAUGCGUUUUAACUUCCAUAGUAUCAAUCUAUACUUUCAUCCAUCUUUUUCAACUACAAAAACCAUAUAUUUUGAUCUAUGCAGGCAUUUUCAUUGAAUUUUUUUAGUAAACACAUCCACACCAGGGAGAGUACCACAAUUCAAUAAACAAUAUCUCACGAAAGGAUACCCAUAUUUAUAGUUUUUAUUGACCUAAAUGUGCUUCAGUAUACAUACUCUCUGGUUGACUACCUAGUCCUACCCUUGAACCACAAAGCUGGUGUGCACAGUUUUUCUCUUCAUUAGUUUUGACAAAUGAUCGUGUAAAAUAUUGGAUCAGCAAAAACUAUUAGUUUUGGAUAGCUUACUGUUUUACCUCUUAUUUCACGGUAUUGUACAAUUAAGAGUUUUGUGAUAUACAUUUUGCAUGUCAUUCUACCACAUCUAUUCUUCAACUACAUUUCAUUCUGUAGGUCGAACACGUUAAAGCUGAGAGAAAUUUACUAGCUGAAGUUGCCAGCCAUUGUAUCGUUAAACUUUACUAUUCAUUUCAAGAUGCUGAAUACCUUUAUCUAAUAAUGGAAUACCUUCCUGGAGGGGAUAUGAUGACUCUGCUCAUAAGAGAAGACACCUUGACAGAGAAUGUUGCCAGAUUUUACAUUGCAGAAAGUAUUCUGGCCAUUGAAUCUGUUCACAAACAUCACUACAUUCACAGGUUUGUAGUUAUUACUUUAAGAUGCUGGGUAUUGAACUAAUAUUUUGAGAAUAGUUUCCAUAAGCUCUCGGCUUACUUGCAUUUGCAAUUUUUUAUAAUAAUUUCAAUGUGUUUUUAUUGACAGAGAUAUUAAGCCUGAUAAUCUCCUUUUGGACAAAAACGGUCACAUGAAACUUUCAGAUUUUGGACUAUGCAAGCCUCUUGACUGUAGGAAACUAUCAGGUUUCAAUGAAACUGUACCUGUUCGUGGGGAAAAUGUAAGGGAAUCAAUGGAUGUUGAUGGAGGCUUGACAGUCACUGGAGAUAGUAACCGUUGGAAGAGCCCUCGUGAACAACUUCAGCAUUGGCAGAUGAACCGGAGAAAGCUGGUCUGUGUUGUGUGCCAUUUCUUUCUAUUUACUCUUCAAUGCAUCGUUGUUCUUGACAAGCUAAACUGAGGCCACGUAGUCUCUGAUGCUGUGUCCACAUUGUGGUUCACCUUACUAUUUGUAGGUCUCAUUUUCAGGCAUUUUCAACUGUUGGGACUCCAGAUUAUAUUGCUCCGGAGGUUUUGCUAGAAAAAGGCUAUGGAAUGGAAUGCGAUUGGUUUGUCCAUUUUUUUCAUCAAAAAUCUGUAAUAUGGCAUACAUUGUUUGAUUGUCACAUGCUGUAUCCGCCUGACAUUGAACAUGCUGUUUCAGCUCUUGCAGAAAGUUCUGAAAUUUGAUAUGUGAUUAAUUUCGUAUAAAGGUCAUAUAUUGAUCACUAUACCUGUAACAGCCUUCAAAAGUUAUAAAAUUAGAAUACGGAAAUGAAGUGUAUUGGUAUGGAUAUUGUCUCUUUUUCAACGAAUAUGAAAAGAGAAAGCGAGGACUCUGGGUCUGAUCAGAAUCACGGCUAUGGAACACCUGAUGUAGUGGUCAAUUCCAUCUUCUCUUUUAUGGCAUGAAAUGAUGGCCCGUUUUCAUUGGCUGCCUGCUGUUUAAGUGCCACAGCAUUGUUGUAGUUGAUUACUCGGUGAUUGUGCACCCCAUGAUAAAGUCAUAGAUUCUGAUGAGUCAAGUGAUAGUCUGAUUUGUGCUUGAAAUGAUUGAAGUCUUGGGUCCAUUCCUCUAGGUGGUAUAUUAGAUUAUUGGAGUGAUUAUUUUCACUUAAACUUUUUAUAAAGCUUUCCUUGUACAAAUAUGCUUAUGCAGAAGGCCAGGUUUUUGCCUUUUUUAUAUAGAGAGUCAUAGUAUUCAAAUUUUCGAAUUUCUACGCAAUUUUCUGUAUUCUUAUUUGCGGAAGCUUUUGCAGGUGGUCAUUAGGUGCAAUUAUGUACGAAAUGCUUGUGGGCUAUCCGCCAUUUUACUCGGACGACCCAAUUACCACAUGCAGAAAGGUUAGCUUACUGCAUUUUAGUUCAUGCAGAAAGUUCACGUUCAUCACUUUCAUUAGACGAACGUCAGAAGGUUCCAUUAGGAUCGUUUAUCAUAGGUUAUGGCUAUAAACAAAAGAGUGUCCUCUAAUUUAAGGAUGCAGUUGACUCGAAACAGAAAUUAUACUGAGCCAGCAAACGAUUCUACUUAUUAUUGUUUGCUACUAUUCCCUUCCCUACGGCCUAAAGUCUGAUUCUUUGUUUGUUUCGGCUUCAUAGUGAUAAGCAUGGUUGACUAUUGCUGAUGCCAUGAGGAAAAUCGCUAUGCUUCUAUUGUUGGCAUUUGAUAGAGAAAACUUCAAGAUUUUCCGGCGUAUACUUUUUUUUUUGGUUCGGACCAUGUAGUGUAGUCGGCUUGUAUAUUAGUCCCGCGAUGGAUGGCUGUGAUUGUGCAGUUUGGGUAUCUUAGCCAUUAUUUAAUUUAGCUGGAUGCUCUGGCAUGGCAUCGGAUCCCAUGGAUGCUUGUUAUCAAUCAUCACGUUUCUGGAAGCAGAUACUGAUCUUCUUUCGAUUCGGUUGUGUUAUUCAUUACUAGCUACGAUCAAGUAGGAUGCUCCAGCAAUAUCAUCUUUUUAGGGCUGCAAAAGUUUUUUCUUGUGAGGGCUCUUCAGAAAUUUCUGUUCUUAGGAAGAUGGUUAUUUUGAGAGUUUGUAUUUCUUACUCAGUUUUGAUGAACGAUAUUUCGUGAGUUUAGUCUUAUCUGAAGAUGGAUGCAGAACUGCUAAUUCUAUAUCCUCAUAAUUUACGCUAUUUUUUAGUUAAUUUAAAAUUGUCCUUUCUUUCAUAAUUACUAAAAUGGUUUUCAGAUUGUGCACUGGAGAAAUCACCUGAAGUUUCCAGAAGACUGUGGGUUGAGCCGUGAAGCAAAGGAUCUGAUCUGUAGACUACUAUGUGAUGUUGACCACAGGCUAGGUGCUGGUGGGGCCAACCAAAUAAAGGUAUAUCUGGCGUGCCCAUUUACUCCUCUUUUUUCUCAGCUACCUGAUGCUGGUUUAUUUCUGUCAGGCGCAUCCGUGGUUCAAGGAUGUCAUUUGGGACAAACUCUAUGAAAUGGAGGCAGCAUUUAGGCCCGAAGUCAACGGCGAGCUGGAUACACAGAAUUUUUUGAAAUUUGAUGAAGUAUGGUGCUUUCCUUUUUUUUCCUCUCUCUCUCUCUCUCUCACUGAGAUAUGGUUCUUGCUACAGUUGGAUGCCCCGGCAGCCGCAAGAACUGGAUCCGGAUCCUCAUGGAAGGUAUUUACUUUGUAUGUUGAACUGAUUUACAGUCUUCAUCACCACUUGUAAAUUGAUUUCUGAUGGUAUUACAUUUUAUUAAUAAUAAAAUAAAUUCACACAUAAAGAAAAACUUAUCAGAAAUCAUCAUCCCUAAAGUCAUUACAAGCUUAGUGCCUGGAUGACUGAAUUCCAGCCAGGGCUUUUACCCUGCUCUAGCUUUUGGGGGGUGGAAGUAAGCGAUAUUAUUGUAAUUGAGGGUUCUAAUGGUCGUGCAAGCUUCUUCAACGUUCAACAGGGCGAACUUAAGUUAUCCUGUUUCUCAUCCGUGUGGACUGGGGCCACCCACAUCAGCAUCAUGAAAUCGCCACAGUUACGAAAGUUGGACUAUAAUGAAUCUGAAAAAUAAUUUUUUGGGGGAGCCCUUGGUCACCAAUUUUAUUUUUUUUAAUCAUUUAAUUUUAUAUAUUGAGUUGCAUUUUCACUCACUGAUUCCAGCAGCACUUGAUAAAUGAGAGUACCAUACUUUGAUUAGAUUCGGUGAGACAUUGACCGCACCGUUGACUUUUCAGUCACUGUUGACACCCAAAGACUUGAGUUUUGUGGGAUACACCUUCAAGAACUUUGAUGCUGUGAAAGGUCUGCAUCAACCACUUGGUAAGAAGCUUUUCUUCCCAGGUGAACCUUCAAGCGUCUUCAAGUUUAUGUCUCAUUCUAUGUCUAACUUCUAAUAUUUCCUGAAUGCCUAAAUCUAGACAAUUAUGAAGAAAACAGCACCCCAGAUCCCAACCCCCCACAAGGAACUUACUGUUUCUGGCGAUCUCAGCAUCUGCUCAUUGUUUAUUUACCCAUUACUAAAAUGAAACAGCACAACAGAUAACCCAAGUCUCUGUGCCUAAUUACCUAAUCACUCAAUCUUUAGCAUGAUUGUGUCUGUCACAGGAAGAAUAACAAAAAAAAUGAGUUUUUUUUCACUUGCUUUCGAAUUUUUUUAUCGAAUGUUAUAAACUGGACACAUAUACUAUUCAAAAUGUGAUGCUUUUUCUUUUAUUUUGGGCAUUAUUUCCAAAAAUGCAAGACUCUUGUAAGUGGGAGAAUGUUAUCAUGCUAUUUUCUGCUCAUGGGUUUCUUGAGUAAUCUUUAAGUCUUCUGCAGAUUCAAGAACCACUUCAUCCCCAAAGCAUCCAUCUCUAAACUCCAUAUUCGGUAAUGAUGCAACAUCAUCUCCAUUAGCCCUCGUCACCUAUUAAUCACCAGGGAAGUUCCAUCAAAUUCUAACUAAUGCCGUUGAAUCAUUCAGGUGAAUCACUUGCAAAAUUGGAGAGUGAGUCAUCGAGGGGGGAAAUCAAAGUUGACCGGGUCUCAUCAUCCGAUACUACGCCACCUCAGCAGCCGAGUCUACCUCUCCAAUGA